UUCAUGUGAGGAUAUUUUGUAACAUUCUAGCCUGGAGGAAUGACUUAUUAAAAGCAGUUCAGUAGCAAAAUCUUAGUUUUGAAAGGCAGAUUAAACAGGGAUUUGUACGGAUUUGAAAACUGAUAGCAUAAGGAGGUGUGUUCAGGUGUUGAAGUGUUCCUUACUAGAACUACAAAUAGAACCUGAAAGUCUAACAUAAAACAACAACCUUUCCAAACCAAGGCACACAGAACAUCUGUAUAUGAAUACUGUCCAGAAAGAGCACAAAAAACACAAUGACUACUCUCCAAGUUCUGAUGACCAUUGCUUCAUUUGUUGUGAUGUUUUCUGAGUCCUGGAGUUAUGAAACAAUGGGACCUGGCUGCCACUUAUAUCCUUUCAAUGUAACCAUACGAAGUGACAGAAAGGGGACAUGCAGAGGGAUGCACGUGGUUCAUGCUUGUGUGGGUUAUUGUGAAUCAAGUGCCUUUCCUUCCAAGUACUCUGUUCUGGUGGCCAGUAACUUCAAACACAACAUCACUUCAGUGUCUCAGUGCUGCACUAUCAGUAAAAUGCAGAAGAUCAAAGUGCGUCUUCAGUGUAGUAACCCUGGUAAUCCCAAACGUGAAGAAAUUGAGAUUUUCACAGCAAAGUCUUGCCAGUGUGACAUGUGCAGGCUUUCCAGAUAUUAACAGGAUUGCAACUCAUUACUUCAGAACAGGAAAUGCUGAAAAAUAUCGAUAACCUCGAGAGCAACCAAAAGAAAAUUGGAUUCAAAGACUGCUUUAAUAUAAUUUAUUUAUAAUGUAAAUAUAUUUAUAAAGUAUAUUGAGAUGCACUAGAUUUGUCAAGUUGCUAAUUUCUACCAAAAUUCAAAAGAAAGAGCAAUGAACAGUAACAAUAUGCAAAUAUUUUUGUUAGAGCUUUUCCAGAGCUAAGGACAGAUUGUGAAGGAUGUUAAAAUAUUUCAUUUACAUAACUCUUUCUAUUACCAUCUGCACCAGAAAAAAGUAAACAAUCUAGUUCUUAUCUGCUGUGCACUUGCAACACUUCUGUAUGGGUUGUUUAUGUACUAAAAUGUGUGCACGUGUGUGCAUGUACACGCGCGCAUGUGUGUCUGUGUGUGUGUGUGUGUGUGUGUGUGUGUGUGUGUGUGUGUGUGUGUGUGUGUUUGUGUUUGUGUUUCUGUGUGUACUAGAACCCAUAAAGUGAGAUACAUACAACAUGAAAAGGCAGUGGGCAAACAUCACUGCAACAAAAUGAAGGGAAUGUUUUUAAACCAAAACUGAGAAACAUGCAUUUCCAUGUAAAACAGACCUUCAGGAAAGACAAACAGAGCAUCCCUUCAAAGUCCUCCUAAUACUUUGCAGUCUAAGAUAAAGAUCAGUUUCUCAUAAGUCAUUGUUAAGGGAGGUUUUAUCAUGUUACUUUAUAUUUGGUUACUAUCUUAAUAUCAUGCAUAUCAAUCGUAUCACUGUUAUUUCUGGAGAGGGCUUUAAUGUAAUAUAUGUACCACAGAGUAACAUUCAUAAAGCUGACAUUUAAAUUUCAGUACUUCAGUUCUUCAACACAUUCACCAUUUCAAUUUUUUUAAAACAAUUUUACUGUAAUAUAAUUUUAUAUAGGGCUUCUGCUGACAUUUUUUCAUCAAAUAAUGUUUUUAUAGAAAUCCGAAGCAUGGGGUUUCUUCCUCAGUAAAUCUAGUUGACACUAAUGACUAGGUACCUUGAGUUUCACAUAUUAAGAAGCACUUCCAGGUAUCAUAUUUUGGCAGAGGUCCUAAGGUAUUUUCUGUCAUUGUGGUUGAAAUGGAAGGAAACAAUAUUGAUUGUCAGUUACUUAUUCAGAUACUUAACCCAAAAUAUAUCUCGUUCUGGAAUAGGCUCCCCUUACAUAUCAAGCAGAGUACCUCCUGGCAACCUUUAAAGCCAAUCUGGAUGACUGGAUGGGUGACUACAAAUUUUCUCUUGAGAUAUGUUACGAUAAUAUAUUUAAUGCGGUACAGUUACUUUCUCACCGAAUGGGUAAAAUAACUAAGCUUCUCCAUGGUCUCCUUGGUCAUAACAGUAUUAAGAACCUAUGAAACUCUAAGAAGACAAGUGUGGAUCUUGGUUUCAGCAGUUAGUAUUUAUGGAAACAUUAUGUGAUAAACAGAAUCUCUGUACUGGGAAGCAAUUAAUACCUAAAAGAUGGGCUUCAGUGUAGUGGAGCAUUUUCCGUACAGUAGUUUCUAUGAUAUUAACGGCUGCAUUUUCCAUAUAGUAACAAAUAGUGGUAUUGCUGUUGGAUUUAUAAUGUUAACAGCCACAUUUUCUGCACAGUAGUACAAGUAAUAGAAUUGCUGUUGGUUCUAUGAUAUUAAUGGCCAUUCAGUAGCUUGAGAUCAUUAAACCAUGCCAGCACGAUUUCAGUUCUAUAUACCUAAUAUUCUUAUGCUUCAGUAUCACUGUUGGUAAUACUUGACUUUUCAUUCAAUCUACUUGUCUUCCACAUCACUUUCCACUUGUGUGUGAAACAGAUG